AUGAAGCGCGAAAUCAGUCCGCCGCCUGCAAAACGGCGCAAGACUCAUGCCAUCGGUACAACAUCUACGGCUCCAUCCUUCGACACGGCUCUGCAUGUCCCUGCACCGCUCUCUCCACUGGCCGAGGGCAACAUGCGCAUCUUUUCCUGGAACAUCAACGGCAUCGAGCCAUUUCUCCAAACGCCCAUCCCAAAAUACAUGCAAGCAGCCAAACCCAAAGCCAAUUCCCCUUGCAAUACCCUCGCACCUCCCAUCCCUCCCCCAUCCCUCCCCGCCUUCCUCCACCGCCACAAAUGGCCCUGCUCGUCGGUGAUAUGA